UCCGCCUAUUCCACACUCGCGGCGGCCGCGGCGAGGGGGACGCGCCGCCUGGGCUUCGGCAGCUUCGAGAUCCCCCCGGCCCGGAACCUGCGGCCUGUGCCGCCUCGGCCUCCCAGAACUCCGCGGAGCCCCCGUCGGCCUGCGGCUCGGUCGCUGAGGGCACUCGGGUCGUGGACUGAGCCAGCCGGACGCUCGUGGGGCGGGUGCUCGCCGGACGGUUUGGGGGCGUCCCGCGCCUCAGGGCCGGGGAGGCCGCGCGGGUCCAGACCUCGUGGGCGCCCGAAGCGGCUGGACCUCAGUUGAGCUGUUGGUUGUGGCGGGGGCGUGCCAGAGAAGCCCCCAGCCUCUCGAGAUCCUCCACUGUAGGCAAGAGGGCGCUGCUCCUCAGUGGUCGGGAUUGGCGACGGCGGCGACCGGCUGACUGCUCGCGCCUGGGACGGGCGGCUGGAGCGCAGGGGAGUCGCUGGAGGACCUCCUAGCAAAGUUUGUUUUCUCAGGUGUGGGGGGGGGUCCAGGGCCAUAGCGAGCAGCACGGACCUCUCGGCGUGCGCCACGGGCCGGUGGGAUGGACGGCCCAGAGAAGACUUUGCUUGGCCGUUUCUGUGCUUGCCCGCGGGUCUGAGGUCCCUAGAGGAUGACCUAGCACCAAAGAGCCCCGGUCGGCCUCUCGAGGGCCCCCGUGGACUAGCUGACCCCAAGGCCUCAGUCCGGGUCGCGCCCUAACUCGCAUUAGAGCCACCCUCCUGGACGCCUGGCGCCUGCGGGCGCAGCAGGCCCAGUACCGGGCUCGCAGCCCGAACUGACUUUUAGUACAAUCGUUUCUGUUCAAAGAAAGAUUUUUCCCUUUUGGUGGUUUUCGUUGCUUUUUCUUUUCCUUUUUCUUUCUUUUUUUUUUUUCUUUUUAAAGUUUUGGAGAAGGGAAGUUGGGAUACAAGCAAGAACUGUUUACCCCCAGGAGGGUACGGGCUCGCCAGAGGGACGCCAGGGCUCCGUGUCCAGGAUGGAUGUGGUGGACCCGCAGCAGUUGGGCGUGUUCUCUGAGGGCGAGCUGAUUUCGGUGGGCAUGGACACGUUUAUCCACCGUAUAGACUCCACGGAGGUUAUCUACCAGCCUCGCCGCAAGCGGGCCAAGCUCAUCGGCAAGUACUUGAUGGGGGACCUUCUGGGGGAAGGCUCCUAUGGCAAGGUGAAGGAGGUGCUAGACUCAGAGACGCUGUGCCGGAGGGCGGUCAAGAUCCUCAAGAAGAAGAAGUUGCGUAGGAUCCCCAACGGGGAGGCGAACGUGAAGAAGGAAAUUCAACUACUGAGGAGGCUACGGCACAAAAAUGUUAUUCAACUGGUAGAUGUGUUGUACAACGAGGAGAAGCAGAAAAUGUAUAUGGUGAUGGAGUACUGCGUGUGCGGCAUGCAGGAGAUGCUGGACAGUGUGCCCGAGAAGCGCUUCCCUGUGUGCCAGGCCCAUGGGUACUUCUGCCAGCUCAUUGAUGGCCUGGAGUACCUGCAUAGCCAGGGUAUUGUGCACAAGGACAUUAAGCCAGGCAACCUGCUGCUUACCACCAGUGGCACUCUCAAGAUAUCUGACCUGGGUGUGGCUGAGGCUCUGCACCCAUUUGCUGUGGAUGACACUUGCCGGACCAGCCAGGGCUCCCCAGCAUUUCAGCCACCUGAGAUUGCCAACGGUCUAGACACCUUCUCAGGCUUCAAGGUGGACAUCUGGUCGGCAGGGGUCACACUCUACAACAUCACCACGGGCCUGUAUCCAUUCGAAGGCGACAACAUCUACAAACUGUUUGAGAACAUCGGGAAGGGGAGCUAUGCCAUCCCAGGCGACUGUGGUCCCCCACUCUCUGACCUGCUGAAAGGCAUGCUUGAGUAUGAGCCCACGAAGAGGUUCUCCAUACGGCAGAUCCGGCAGCACAGCUGGUUUCGGAAGAAGCACCCACCAGCUGAGGCGCCAGUGCCCAUCCCGCCCAGCCCAGACACCAAGGACCGGUGGCGUAGCAUGACGGUGGUGCCAUACCUAGAAGACCUGCAUGGUAGUGCCGAGGACGAGGAUGAGGACCUCUUUGACAUUGAGGAUGACAUCAUUUAUACUCAGGAUUUUACAGUGCCCGGUGGCGAGGAGGCGUCUGAGGCAGGGCUUAGAGAGGAGCCGGGCACCCAGAGGAGCCAGUGCUCAGACCUUUCUGGAGAGGAAGCCCAGGCGGCCGUCGCCGCCGCAGUGCCUGAGGAGGAGCGCCAGGCCUUAGUGUAGUGGCGCCCACCCCACUGCCCAUCCCUUCCUUCCUCAGGCAGCUCAGCCCCUCCCCUCAGCUCCUGGUUUUGUUUGUCCUGUCCCAGGUCGGUUCUUGCAGGUUCUGUCAUAAAACUUUGCCUGGCUGUGUGUGUGCAGGUGGAUGCUUGCUCCGGCCUGGUCCCCUGCUCAAGGGCCCCAGACAAGGCCACUGGUUGGGAGUUGCUUCUAUUUUACUGCAGAGGCCAGUGUGCAGGGCAGGUGGGUAGGGGUGGGAGACUGGGGAGAGUCCCAGGACAGCAGAGGCCCUUGGGAGCCUGGCUCCCCCACCAUGUGUGCAGCCAGCCCAUCCUGUAGGACGCUGUCCAGCAGCCCAGCAGCACCUGGUCCUCUGUCCCUGCGGGGCCUCCUGUGGGAUGUGCAGCCCCAGGUGUUCUGGGACAUGAGAUGUGCAUGGUGGUACCCUUCCCUGGGCCUGUCCACCUUGAGACCCAUGAGGCUGGAUCAGUGCCUGUUGUCUGACAUCCUACUAUAGCCCUCGCUGCUGUUUGGCCACGGGUCUGAAGCUUUUUUCCUCUCAGAGCACUGGGGGCCCUGUAACAGGGUGGACUGGCAAGACCUCGACAAGCAGCGGGAGGGAGGGCAAGACCAGCCUGUCACGCCCUGAGAGCCUUUGCUGUACAUAGACCCCAUAGCCUUGCAGCCCAGGACCCCUGAGCCAAGAGUACCACUAAAGGGCUUAGGGCCUAAGAGAGCCCUGAACUAUCCUUCGGAAGAGGCAAAGGCUGGGUUGCCUUUUAUGUGACCCCACUGACCCCACCCUAGACCAUGGCCGGCAGGAACGGAAGGCCAGCAGGGAGGGUAUGAAGGAGGUCCUGGCCCAGCUUGAAGCCUAAGAUGCACUUAGGUGGACAGUCCUCUGUCCCACUGUCUUGCUGUCCUGCACAGGCUUUGGGAGUUGCCUGAGCCAAAUCUCUUAAGCUGGUAAGGUCCCUUUGUGUCAGAAGCUAGAUAGCUCCUCUGGAGGUGACCUUGGCUAUGGUGGUGCUUAGGGGUUAGUCACUGGUAUAGGGCAGGGUCUCAGAUUACCUCAGGCAGAGGUCUGGGGUGGGAAGAGGGGGCAGCACCCUCAUGUGUAGGCAAGUCCCAAGGGCUCUGCCAGCUGGUGUGAGGGCCCCCUGGGUCCCUUAUCCAUUGGGGCAGCACCAUCAAAUCAGGCCAUGGGGCCCCAACAAAUUGCUUCAGUGGAGACUGAGCAGCUGUGAGUCCAGACCUGAGAGUGAAGUUGGUGCCUUCUUACUGAAGUGUUUACAGCCAGAGACUUCCUGUGCACACGGAAUGUGUGUUGUAGAAACCACUGAGUUAGACAUUGGCCCAUUUGGGGGGAAUGGACUCUGAGUUGGGCUGGAGAGCUGUGGGCAGUUUUCCAUUGAUUUCUGCCGGGGGGUUGGUUCUGUGGGGUGGGUAAGGGAGGUUGAUACAGAAUUGGCAUUUGUUCCCCCCCUUGACUGACCACAAUCAGCUUCUACAGGGGCAGAGGAAGUAGGCUGUUACCUGCUUGCUCCAAGCUCCUUGUGAGGACAUGUCCACCUGGACAGGGUGCAGGUCUGCAGCUUAUUGGGCAGCUGGCAGGCUGAGCUCCUCCUUAUCCCCCUGUGGCCCUGUGCUGGCAUCUUAUAUACCAGCCAGAACCUGGCCCUACUAUGUCUUCACCAUUGAGUGUGCUGAAGAUUCCUCUGCCCCUAGACCCGUGUCCGUGUGCCAGGACGCACAGGGGGUACAGGUCCCCAGCCCACCAGGACAGGCAGGUGAGCGUGGGCCGGGGGCUCGCCCUGGCCAGCUCUCUCUUUCCCUGUCUGGGAGGUCACUCCUGCUCAGGCUACUUGUGGAGGCACAGCCCCUAGGUUGUCCCAGAGCUGCUGAGAGGUGGCAGUUCAGGCAGGAGAGGAUUGGGCCUGUACAGGGGUGGGGCAGACCUGGCCCAGGCAUCUCUGAGAGGUGCUGGUCCAUGGCUCAGGCCAUACUUGCUGUUUUACUUCUAGGACAGGUCCCGGAAGAAGAGGCCAGUCAGAAUGGACAGAACCAGGGCCUGCCCAAGGCUGUGUGCAUGAACGGCACGGAGUCAGCACAGCUGAACA